AUGCUCGUCGACACGGGUGCAGCCGUGAGCGUCCUUCCUGCAACAGGGGCUCACAGGCGUCAAGCUCCUAUCUGGUUCCUGACGGCGGUGAAUAACACCGGAAUUCCCGUUUUCGGCCAAAAAUCUCUGACCCUCGAGCUCGGCCUGCGAAGGCAGUUCACAUGGUUGUUUACCAUCGCCUCCGUCAGCCAGCCCAUCCUAGGCGCAGAUUUUCUCGAGCGGUUUGGCCUUAUGGUGGACCUUGCUCGGCGUCGCCUCGUGGACUCUGCGACAUCGCUCGCAGUGCACGGAAUCGGCACUUUCGCGUCUCCUCAAUUUCACACCGAGCCACUGUCUGCGCUUGCAUCGCCGUACGCCGACAUCCUCAAGGACUUCCCGUCGCUUACACAGCCCACCGAUUGGUCCAAGCCUGUGAAGCAUGAUGUCGUCCACAAGAUCAUAACUUCUGGCCAACCAGUCUCCUCGCGGUUCCGCCGACUGGCCCCUGAAAAACUGGCCAUAGCCAAGCGAAUUCCAACACAUGAUCGACAUCGGCGUAGUCAGGCCAUCAUCGAGCAACUGGGCGUCACCGUUACACAUGGUCCCCAAGAAGACCGGGGACUGGAGACCAUGUGGUGA